UACCUUAUUGUUUAGUUCUUCCAAGACUUUCUACAGAAAUGGAUGUCUUUCGCCGAUAACAUAUUAAUAAAUAGUGUACGUAUAAAUUAAUUAUGGCGUUAAUUUUAAAAGGAGCCUUUAAUUUGUAUUAUUACCUCAACUAUGAUAUUGCGGAACAUACGACACAAGACUGGCCACUUAUGAAGACGCCAUGGCCAGGUUUACUUAUCAUUGCAAUCUAUCUAAUGACCGUGUGCCGUUGGCUACCAGAAUAUAUGAAGGAUCGUCCCGCAUAUGACCUAAGAAAAACUAUAGUCUUGUACAAUAUCUCUCAAAUUAUAUGCUGUGUUUAUGUGCUUUAUCAGAGUCUAAAAUUGGGAUGGUUGAGUCGUUACCGUAUGGUUUGUGAACCCAUAGGUGAUGGACUUGAGAGCCUUGAUUACGCCUGGAAAGUUUGCUACGCGUAUUUUGUUAUAAAACUAAUCGAUCUUCUGGAUACGGUAUUUUUCGUUUUAAGAAAAAAACAAAAUCAAGUUUCCUUUUUACAUGUUUAUCACCAUUUCGGAAUGGUCGCAGUCGCUUGGGGAAUGGUUAAAUGGGUGCCAGGCGGGCACAUGACGCUGUUGGUUCCUAUCAAUUCAUUCGUCCAUAUAAUUAUGUACACAUAUUACUUGCUGACCGUUUGGGACGAGUCGUACAAGAAGUCCAUCUGGUGGAAAAAGCAUGUAACGCAGAUACAAAUCGUACAAUUCACUAUACUUCUGGUACAUUUUACCGCGCUAGUACUAGCCAAGGAUUGUUCUAUACCGCGACAACCUGCGUACAUUCUUAUACCUCAAAACCUCUUUAUGUUUCUCUUAUUUAGUGAAUUCUAUUAUAAAACAUAUGUAAAGGGUAAGAAGGAUAACUGAUAGAGUAUAAUUAUACAAGGAUAAAAUUGUAAAGGAAAGAAAGAUAUUUUUAGAUAAAUUGUAUUUUAUUUGCUC